AUGAACAUCGAAGUGCACAACAUCACUUACACCAGUGCCACCAUCUCCUGGGCCAUGAACAACCCGUGUCCAGAGAACUACUACCACGUCAUGUAUCGCCCCAACUGGAACAGCAUCUUUGCUGGCUAUUUACGCCAAAACCUCCACCGUGAGGAGCGAGUUCCUCACCCCCUCAGCUCCCUCAUCCUCCACCGACUCACACCAUCCACCAUCUAUGUUCUCUGCAUCACGUGCAAAAACUCCUACCCCUCCAGCAACCACUGCACCACCUUCCACACUCUGGACAAAAUCCCCCUGGUUUUUGGUGGCUCUAAGCAUGAACCCACCACCUCCAUGUGGAUGUUGAGCAGCCUAUUGCUCCUCUGCUUCCUUGCUCUGCUGGCCUAUGGCUGCCUGCAGUUCUGGUCUGCACGGUGCCACCGCACCGUGAGGCUGAAGCAUCCCGACACCAGUCCCGAAGAAGUGGUUGAAGGAAGCAGUUUGCUGGACGGGCCACUGAAUGAUGGACUGAGAGAGGAGCUUCUGGAAGUCCCCAUGACCACUGUGCUAAUGAGGAGCUCCAGUUUCAUGAGGGAGAGUCCAUAUAACUCCCCUCACUGCUUUUUUUCCUACAAAAAGAGUGAUGAUAAAAGGGCCAUCUUGCCACAGCAUGGCCUUCAAUGA